CACGGACAGACGAAGAAGCGGGAGAGACGAUCGAGCUCGCUCAUAAAGGAAGGCGCUUGCUUGCGUUUCUUUCGUCCAUCAUCCCACCGCCGCUUCACUGCGAAACUCCCCCAGCCGGCCGGCACUGCCUCUCUCCGUUGGUCUUCCUCGAUCCCACGGGUGUGGUCGAUCGGGGCGCCAUGUCCCCCGUGAAGGCCGAGGACCUGGUGCCGUUCCCCGUCAAGGAGCAGUUUGGCGGCCUCGACUACUGCAUCACCAGCCCUCCGCCAUGGAUCACCACGGUGGUCGUGGCGUUCCAGCACUACCUGGUGAUGCUCGGCACCACCGUCAUCAUCGCCACCAUCCUCGUGCCACUCAUGGGCGGCGGCCAUGAGGAGAAGGCGGUGGUGAUCCAGACCAUCCUGUUCCUGUCCGGGAUCAACACGCUCCUGCAGGUCCACUUCGGCACCCGGCUCCCCGCCGUCAUGGGGGGCUCCUACACCUACAUCUACCCCACCGUAGCCAUCAUCCUCAGCCCGCGAUACGCGCUCUUCAUCGACCCCUUCGAGAGGUUCGUGUACACCAUGCGGUCGCUUCAGGGCGCGCUCAUCAUCGCCGGCGUAUUCCAGGUCGUCGUCGGCUUCUUCGGCAUAUGGAGGGUCUUCAUCAGGUUUCUGAGCCCUCUCGCGGCGGUUCCCUUCGUGACGCUCUCCGCGCUCGGGCUCUUCUACUUCGCCUUCCCCGGGGUUGCCAAAUGCAUCGAGAUCGGCCUCCCCGCGCUCAUUCUGCUGCUGAUCUUCGCCGAGUACGCCUCGCAUUUCUUCGCGAAAGGGAGCUUCGUGUUCGGCCGGUGCGCGGUGCUGCUGACGGUGAUCAUCGUGUGGAUCUACGCCGAGAUCCUGACGGCCGCCGGCGCCUACAACGAGAGGAACCCGGUGACGCAGUUCAGCUGCCGCACCGACCGCUCCGGCCUCAUCCACGCCGCACCUUGGGUCAGGUUCCCUUACCCGUUCCAGUGGGGGUACCCAAUCUUCUGCGCACAGGACUGCUUCGCCAUGCUCGCUGCCUCGUUUGCGUCACUUAUCGAGUCUACCGGCACCCUAAUUGCAGUGUCAAGAUACGCGGGCGCGACAUUCGUUCCACCUUCAGUUUUUGCUCGGGGAAUUGGCUGGCAGGGCAUAUCUAUCAUACUGAAUGGGAUGUGUGGUACAUUGACAGGCACAGCAGCUUCAGUUGAGAAUUCAGGUCUGCUGGCCAUAACAAGAGUUGGAAGUCGACGAGUCAUAAAGAUUUCAGCCUUGUUCAUGAUUUUCUUCUCCCUGUUUGGAAAGUUUGGGGCAAUUCUUGCAUCCAUUCCACUGCCAAUUUUCUCUGCACUUUAUUGCGUUCUCUUUGCUUAUUCAGCUGCUGCAGGCCUCUGCUUCCUCCAGUACUGCAACCUUAACACCCUGAGAACCAAGUUCAUACUCAGCAUCUCCUUGUUCCUGGGAUUGUCUAUACCGCAAUACUUCCGAGAGUUCGAGACAUUCUACGGAUUUGGACCGGCUCACACACGUUCACUGGCGUUCAAUGUCAUUGUCAAUGUGAUAUUCUCCUCGCCUGCGACUGUUGCUGCCAUACUCGCCUACUUUCUGGACUGCACACACCUCUACUGGGAUGCUCAUGUGAGGAAGGACAGGGGCUGGCUGUGGUUGGAGAAAUUCAAGUCUUACAGGCAUGACGUAAGAAGCGAGGAGUUCUAUGCUCUCCCAUAUGGUAUGAGCAAGUACUUCCCCUCACUUUAGGAGAUGUGACUCUGCAAGGAUGAAGAGGUGGGAAAUAGAAAUUAGACGCUGAUUCAGGGAAUCUUCUGUAUAUGCAGCGACAUGUGAUGUUUUGAUUCUAAUUUCUAAACAUUUUGGAUGGGAAAUGUAGCAUACUUACUGUGAGAACAGAAUGAGGAUAAUGUCAUCAUCAACAAAUGGGAAUAUGCAAUGCUUCUGUCACCGGUUUUGUUUUGUGUCGUGUCUGAUUGAAAACAGCAGAACACAAACACCUUGUAACUCGAUUUUACCUCUGAUUUGGAGAAAGCAGAAUGUAACUGCUUCCUGACAAA